CCCGUUCAUUCCCAAGGGCGUCACAAGGGGUGACAAGACCCGACUGAAAGGCGCAUGCAUGUAUGCGUAUGUAUGCACGAGUCCUCAGUGUAUGUGCGUAUCUGGUCUGCCUGUGAAUCCGCUGACAUGAGGAGCUGAAACAGAACCGACAGAAGGAUGAAAAUGCUCCGGUUUCGCAGCCCCAGCAUCCGCUCCUUGGACCAGGAGGUCCUCUGCACGAUCCGGUUACUGGACGACUCCGAGAUCUCCUGCAGCAUCCAGAGAGACACCAAAGGCCAGUUCCUGUUGGACCAUGUGUGUAACCACUACAACCUACUUGAGAGAGACUACUUUGGUAUUCGAUAUGUGGACCCUGAAAAGCAGAGGCACUGGUUGGAGCCCAAUAAGCCCGUGGUGAGGCAGAUGAAGUCUCAGCAGCCGUACACGAUGUGUUUCCGGGUCAAGUUUUAUCCCCACGAGCCAAUGAAAAUAAAGGAGGAGCUCACCAGGUAUCUCCUGUACCUCCAGCUGAAGAGAGACAUCUACCACGGUCGUCUCCUUUGUCCUUUUGCUGAAGCUGCAUAUCUGGGAGCCUGCAUCAUACAGGCUGAGCUCGGGGACUACGACCCAGAGGAGCACCCGUCAGACUACAUCAGGGACUUCAAACUGUUCCCAAAACAAUCCCUCAAACUGGAGAGGAAGAUUAUGGAAAUACACAAGAACGAGCUCAGGGGCCAGUGUACUGCAUUUGCAGAGUUGAACAUGCUCCAAAGGGCUCACAGCCUCGAGACGUAUGGAGUUGACCCUCACCCAUGCAAGGAUUUCACAGGUUCCACAGCCUUUCUUGGGUUCACAGCCACAGGUUUUGUGGUCUUCCAGGGAAACAAGAGGAUCCAUCUCCUCAAAUGGGCUGAUGUUAGCAAGCUGAAGUUCGAAGGGAAAACCUUUUACGUCAUUGGGAUUCAGAAAGAGAAGAAACUGGUGUUGACAUUUCACACCUCGACCCCUGCUGCCUGUAAGCACUUAUGGAAAUGUGGGGUGGAGAACCAAGCCUUUUACAAGUGUGCAAAGUCAAGUCAGAUAAAGACAGUUUCCAGCAGUAACAUCUUCUUCAAAGGCAGUCGGUUCAGAUACAGCGGAAGAGUAGCCAAGGAGGUGAUGGAAGCCAGCUCGAAGAUUCAGAGAGAGCCACCAGAAGUGCGCAGAGCCCAGUUUGGUCAGAGUCGAAGUUUUAACUCUCUGAGCCAUAAAAACCUCAUCAUGAACAUGGAACCGCUGGUACCUGCACUGCCCUCCACCAACGAAUACGAAGAGACGGCCACAGACAACGGUGUUGUUGCUGUGAAGGACUCAGUCCCCUUGUCUCCUCUCAAACCUUCAGCUGCAACUGCAGACUCACAGCAACAAAGUAAUGAAAGAGGAAACUCUGCUUUAGGCAAUGACCUGCAGCCUUCCCGUGUUUCCAUGGAAACCUCAAAUCAUCGACCUCAGACGCCCAAAGCUGAAGAUGAAGUGGAGGAAGACGAGGCCAGCGGCCCACUCACCAUUUCUGAGCUUGUCUACAGCCCUUGUGCCAGCAUGCUUCCCACCCCAGUGGACGACAGUCAGGGCGGUGUCGACUUGCUCUUCUCCUCUCCUGUCCAGAGCCCCGCCAGGAUGUUGAGGGAGCUCCAUGCUGAUCCUGAUAUACAGGCCCGGCUGGAGGCCGAGAGGGAGCGAGACCGGGCCUACGAACACACCCGACAGGCUGCCAGAAGUCGAAUGGGUGGAGUCCUGACCAGCAGCCUGCGCCUGCUGUCGUCCAAUGAGAGAGUCAACGCAUGUGUGCUGAGUGUGGCCCGCUUUAUUGCCGUGGUAAUGGGUGUCCUGCUUGUCACUGUGCCCACACUGCUGCUACUGCUGGAGUCAGACAUCGAUGUGUCGUUCCUCCACGAGAUCCGCCAGACGCCGGAAUUUGAGCAGUUUCACUACGAGUAUUACUGUCCACUCCGGCGCUGGAUCCUGUGUAGGAUCAGCAUGGCCAUGGAGAACGUCUGGUCAGACUGAGGAGAAGGAGAGAGUGGGGAGUCACUGCAGAGGGAAACAAAUAUGCCCAAACGUCUGUCUUAACAUGUCAUUUAAUCUUAUAUGCAGUCUCAACAGCUGUUGAGACAAAAUAACCAGUCUGCUAAUGGGAUGAAAUUAUUUCACUUGUUUCAGAGCAAAUUUAAUCUAUUUUAUGAGCAGGUGCAAUGGAUUUUGAAUGAGGGCUCACAAAAUUGCAGCAGUAAGUUUUGUUAAAAAGAGGCCUGAAUUGGAUGUACUGUCAGGCCUUUUUGAGCAA